AUGUCGGCUCCCCAUCUACUUCCGCAACAGCCAAUCCACGUGCCGUUCCGCUCUGCGCCAGUCACGCACGCACCGUCACCCUUUGGAUUUGGCUUUGGCCUAUCCAGCCAGCCCUCAACAUCCAGCAUCCCACCCCACUACAACGGCCUCUCACCGUUUGGCCAACACAGCUCCCACCAGCAUGGAGGUCCUAUCCCAUCCAGCCCAUUUGCAAAUUUGCACUCGACGUCUGCUCGUCCAGUCGCCAGCUCAGCCCCCCGAUCCAAUGCCAAACGGCGAUACGAUGACUCUGUCGAUCCAGACGGAAGAGAAGACUCCAAUAUGGCCACCCGCUCGCCCUCUCCGGACCGCCUCUCAGCCGAAUCCCAGGAUGCCCAAGCCAACAUAGAUGUCGGUGUACUUCUAGUCACUCCUCCCGCUUUGACCUCCUUGAUCAGCUCUCAGCCCAACUUGAAGCCACUUGUUAUUUCUUUAAUUCCUCAGCCUUCUGUCCAAGUUGCCAUACAAGCACUUGAUGCUUCCGCCAAAGUCAUACGAGACACAUACCCAUACUCCCAGACGACACAGCCCACUUCAUCUACAUCUACCUCUUUCGGUUUUGGAUCCUCUUUCGGCGCUCCCGCAUCGAUGCACGCACCUGCCUCUACUUCCUUUGGAUUCCGCACAAAUUCUCAGCCAUCCGGCCCUAUGCGCGAAGACUAUAUCCGGAGCCGUAUAAGGCCAUCCCCUGCUCCCCUCGCCCCAAGCACCUCACCCAAGUUCACUCGGGCAUCCCUUCAUGACUCGUUCGCUUAUCUUUGUGCUCUCACGGUCCACAUAAUGCGUGCACCGCCCCUCGCACGCGCCCUUCUAUUGGACAACUCUAUUUUAUUCCCCAAGCUCAUACAUGAAUGGAGCGCCUGGGUCGAUUGUCUCGACGUCGAAGUUAACCAAAACGGAGGAAUGUUUAGUGCCGAGGCUGUUCGAGAAUGGGAACGCUCGCUGGACGAGUAA